AUGCCUCAUAUAAAAUCCCUAGGGUUUCUGGUUGCCUUUCUUCGUGAACUUGCGCCUCUACCUGAGAGAGUGAAACCCUUCUCUUUCUGUUUUCGCAACUGAUUCCAUGGCUCCAAAGAAGGAUAAGGCUCCUCCACCUUCCUCCAAGCCAGCCAAAUCUGGCGGUGGCAAACAGAAGAAGAAGAAGUGGAGCAAGGGAAAGCAAAAGGAGAAGGUGAAUAACAUGGUGCUGUUUGAUCAGGGCACUUAUGACAAGCUCCUUUCUGAAGCACCCAAAUACAAGCUCAUCACUCCUUCCAUUCUCUCUGAUCGUUUGAGGAUUAAUGGAUCACUUGCAAGGAGGGCAAUAAGAGAAUUGAUGGCUAGAGGUUCAAUCAGGAUGGUGUCUGCCCAUGCAAGCCAGCAGAUUUACACCAGGGCUACAAACACCUAGGUGUGGUACUGAUCAUAGCUUAUGGAGUAUUGAUAGGAUUAGUGAUGUAUUGUUCUUUUGAAGUUUUGAGAUACACCUCAUAGUAGCUUCUAUUAGUUUUUGUUUGUUGAUGGAUCCGUUACUGAGAUUUUUUUUAUAUCCCUGGUAUUGUAUUUCAAUUCCAUGUUUUAUCGUUUUUGGUAUCCAAACAUUCUUAUGACUAAUUUUGUUUAGUUGAUUCUCGUUGAAAGCCCAGACUAAAUGGGAAAUGGUUGCGCCUAGUGUUUU